CUACUAGUAAUACGGAAUAAGUAGUACUUAUCAAAUGAAGAAACAUUUCUCCAAAAAAUCAAAAUAGAAUUACCGUAACGUCUCUCUCUCUCUCUCUCUCUAGAUCUCUCUCCCUCUCGUCUACCCUCAGAUCUCACAAAACCCUAGGGUUCCAUCACCUCAUCCUCCUCCUCUCAAUCUCUCUCCUCCCCCUCUCCCCUCCUCACCUGCCGAAUCGUUUUCCCGACGAUCGACCUCGGCUUGUUUCCAAUUCCGAGUCUUUUUUCGAUUAGUGGAUGCGCGGUGGUUGCGGUAGGUGGCGGGUGCAUGUUUCGCGAGAGAGAAUUGGGAGAGAAAACAACGACAAGGAGAAAAUAAGUUACCAGAAAAGAACCAAGGAGAAAAAUCGGUGUCGGCGGGGCGAAUGCGGCUGAUCUUUUUUGACGAUCCGACGCCGUUUGUGAAUUUCUAGGGUUUUCUCGAUCUGAUUCGGAGGCCGAUAAGGGAGAGGAAGACGGAUCGAUCGCAGCCGCGGAUUUUGUGAGAGAUGCAGCAAGAUCAGAGAAAGAAGAGUUUGAAAGAGAUGGAUUUCUUCACCGAGUAUGGGGAUUCAAAUAGAUACAAAAUUCUAGAAGUUAUAGGGAAGGGAAGCUAUGGAGUUGUUUGCGCGGCAAUUGACACCCAUACAGGAGAAAAAGUGGCUAUAAAGAAAAUAACUGACAUUUUUGAGCACAUAUCUGAUGCUAUUCGAAUCUUACGGGAGGUCAAGUUACUCAGACUUUUACGGCACCCUGAUAUCGUUGAAAUAAAGCGCAUCAUGCUGCCACCUUCAAGACGAGAAUUCAGAGACAUUUAUGUUGUUUUUGAGCUGAUGGAGUCUGACCUUCACCAAGUCAUCAAAGCAAAUGAUGACUUGACGCAGGAUCACCAUCGGUUUUUCCUCUACCAGAUGCUACGUGCUUUGAAGUAUAUGCAUACAGCAAAUGUGUACCAUCGGGAUCUUAAACCAAAGAAUAUAUUGGCAAAUGCAAAUUGCAAACUGAAAAUAUGUGAUUUUGGACUAGCAAGAGUUGCAUUUAAUGAUACACCGACGACGAUAUUUUGGACGGAUUACGUUGCUACAAGAUGGUAUAGAGCUCCUGAGCUGUGUGGAUCUUUUUCCUCAAAGUAUACACCUGCUAUAGAUGUUUGGAGUAUUGGUUGCAUCUUUGCGGAAGUAUUAACUGGGAAGCCAUUGUUUCCUGGUAAAAGUGUCGUGCAUCAGCUAGAUUUGAUCACCGAUCUUCUUGGGACUCCUGCCUCGGAUACCAUUUCCGGUGUUCGGAAUGAGAAGGCCAGGAGAUACUUGACAAAUAUGCGGAAAAAGCAACCUGUUUCCUUGGUUGAGAAAAUUCCAAAUGCAGAUCCUGCAGCGCUGCAAUUGUUGCAAAGGCUAUUAGCAUUUGAUCCCAAGGAUCGACCGACUGCUGAAGAGGCAUUGGCUGAUCCUUACUUCAAGGGCCUAGCAAAAGUUGAGAGGGAACCUUCUUGUCAGCAUAUCUCGAAGCUGGAGUUUGAGUUUGAGAGGCGACGGGUGACAAAAGAAGACAUACGGGAACUAAUAUUUAGGGAGAUACUAGAAUAUCAUCCCCAGUUGCUUAAAGAUUACAUGGCUGGAAAUGAAGGCGCAAAUUUUCUUUAUCCCAGCGCUACUGGCCAAUUCAGAAAGCACUUUGCUUAUCUUGAGGAAAAUGAUGGUAAAACUGGGCCAGUAAUUCCUCCAGAGAGGAAGCAUGUCUCUCUCCCUCGGUCUACAGUUAACUCAAGUACAGUACCUCACAAAGCAGAUCCUAAUUUUCCCUCACUUCGUAGUCAGCAAGUUACAGAGGCAUGUAAUAGUGUUAGAGUAGCAGAUACAAUUUCGGGGAACUUCGUGAAACCGUCGCGGCCUCCACCUAAGGUUCCUGCAGCCAAACCUGGAAGAGUUGUGGGACCAGUUCUACCUUACGAGAGUGGCCAAAACAUGAACGGUUCCUACGAUUCAAGAGUGUUUUCUCGAAAUGGCAUCAUCCCCCCUCAAGGCAUCUCUCCACAUUAUGUAAAUAGGACUAACACUGUAAAUCAAGAAAAGUCAGGGCCAGAAAUCGGUAGGGAUUCUGCACGGUACCACACAGCAGCCAAACCUUCCCCACAGAUGGCCAUUGACAUCAACUCCAACCCGUAUUAUCACCAGCCACAAGUCAAAUCUAGCCAAUUGAACGAUCAAAUCGCGAUGAAUGCGAAACUACUGCAGGAGCAAUCGCAAUUGGGUGCGAUUGGUGCUGCAGCGGUUGCCGCUGCUGCUCGGAGGGAGGUUGGAGCUGUUCAAUUUGGAUUGUCUUAGUGGGAUUUAUUUUCUUUGUAUCUUGAUUGAUCUCUGAUUAAGUUGAAAUGGUCCACACGAGCGAGUGUUAGUUUUAGUUACUAAUUAUUGUGUCCCUGUAAAAAUUGUAUGAGUUGAAUAAUUGAAUUUAAUGGAAAUAAUUUCUUUAUUCUUCCAA